AUGAACGAUAAUAAUGUUAAAGACGAAUUAAGUAUGACCAAUGAACUUCCUGAAACUGACAUGAGCAACAGCGGAGCACAAGAGAUGGCCGAAUUUGCUGAAAAAGCUCGAGUUGCAAUAGAAAAGGUAGAAAAAGAACGCAAUGAGUAUCGUCGCCUUUUUGCUCAAGCCAAUGGGGAAGUAUUAAAGAAAAACGAAGAAAUCCGUUAUUUAAAAGACCGAGUGGCGAACAAAGAAGCAGAAAGUUUACGACAAACUACUAUGGCUCGCGAAAAAAUGAAUGUUCAAUUACAAAAAGAUGCUAAUAUGCGAGAAUUAGGGCAAAACAUGAGACGACUUAACAUCAAUGGGACUUUAGCUCGGGGCUAUGAAGAAGAAGCAGGAGGAGAAAAUUGCUUUAAUUGUAAUCAAACCAUAGAAGGAAGCUGCUACAUUGCUUUUGACGGGCCUGGAAAUAAACUUGGAUUUGUUUGCCAACAAUGUACACAAAGUUUAGAAUCAGAACUGACGGAAGAGGAAUGA